UCAGUGGCGCAUGCGUACUCACCGCUUCCGCAACGUACCUAGCCAUCUUUCCAAGCAAGCAAAAGUGAUUGUUUUCAACCUUACUCUUAUUUAACUGAACUUUUAUUAAUGUCAGAGCCACAGUCCGCGCUGUUACUACGAAAACAAUUAGCAGAAUUAAAUAAAAACCCAGUAGAAGGGUUUUCAGCAGGCCUCAUAGACGACAAUGAUAUAUAUCGAUGGGAAGUGCUUAUUAUUGGACCUCCGGAUACAUUAUAUGAGGGUGGUUUUUUUAAAGCACAUUUACAGUUUCCAAAAGAAUAUCCACUUAGGCCACCAAAAAUGAAAUUUAUAACUGAGAUAUGGCAUCCAAAUAUUGACAGAAAUGGAGAUGUUUGUAUAUCAAUAUUGCACGAACCUGGUGAUGACAAGUGGGGGUACGAAAAGGCAUCAGAACGGUGGUUACCAGUUCACACAGUCGAGACUAUCUUGAUAAGUGUUAUUAGCAUGCUUGCAGAUCCUAACGAUGAAAGUCCUGCUAAUGUGGAUGCCGCCAAAGAGUGGAGAGAGAGUUAUACGGAAUUUAAACGAAAGGUGGCGAGGUGCGUGAGAAAAAGCCAAGAGGAAUGUUUGUAGGGGAUGAACAAAUAUUCAAAUGGAAAGACUUAUUUAAUUCUGGGAAGCCGUAAGCACUGUAAGAAAGAAACCGAUGCUCAGCAUAAAGCUAACGGAUAACAGUGCCACUAAAAGCGGAAUAAGCCUGACCCAUCCUUAUGCAGAAAGAGAGAGAGAAAAAGAGAGUGCGAGCGAGCGAGAGAGAGAGAGAAAGAAUGUGUGUGAGAGAGAGAGAGAGAGAGAGAGAGAGAGAGAGAGAGAGACAGACAGAAUGUGUAAACACGAGAGAAAACUCACGCAGCUCUUUCAUGUUUAUUAAACCACCGCCACUGACGUACGAUCCAGCGCGAAGAGAGACGGAGAACAUAAAAGAAAUACACACGCAGUUCACCUUUUACAUAAUAAACAGCUAAAGAAAAUUAAUUUACACGUAUACAUAAUGCAAAAAAUCAUCUGUACGAUUACUACCUUAAUAUUAAUAGUUAUUCUAAACUUAACUCUCCCCCUGCCCCUCCUAUGCUCAAAAGCGACCCUAAGCCCCGUUUGCCCGAACCCUGUAAUUUAAAAAAAGAAAUAUGUUUACGUUUAUCUUUCAAAUAAUAAUUUCUUAGUGUCGUUUCGUAUUUUCUUACUUUCGUAAAUAUAUAUAUGUAUAAAUAAAUUUUUUAUGAAGUCAAAGAAAGACAGGACACAUGUUACAAUUGUAUGAAAUUAUCAAUGAGAGAGGAUGAACUGCAUACGAAUUAUUGUGACACUGCAGUAAAAAUAAUGUCGAUUAUACGCGCGCGUGGUAAUGUAAAAAAUAUAUACUAAAUUUUCAUCGAACCGUGAGUUGCCAAAAUAAUUAAUUCUAAUUCAAGUGAUAAUAACGAUAAUAUUGUUAAUAUACCAAUUAUAGCUAGUGCUUCAUAACUUAACAAAUGUGUACGUGCUGUGGACGUACUCCCGAAUUGUGUCACUCGUAUGCAGAGUAGCGGCGAUUUCCUUUUACUUAUUGUGAUUCUAACUAAAAUUGUGAUUCUAACAACCAUACAAUUUAUGUUAAAAUUUGACUGAUUCUUUCGUCUUAUUAUACGUUAUCUCAUACUGUCAAUUAAAUUUUCAGACAUUGAAAGAGCGUCUAUGUUAUACCUGCUCUUUUUUAUCCACUUUAUCAGUACAUUAUUUAGCCAAAUUAUACUUUUGCUCAGAGCAUGCACUGAUGAUAAGCGUAUAAAUUCUCAAAAAGCAUCAAUUUUUAUUUUUAUCACAUUUGAUUAGAAACUACGGUUAUUGAAUACGUAAAAAUAUUAACAAAGUGUCUUGUAGUUUUUAGGCGGUAAGUGGAAAAAGAGUGUAGAAUUUCUCCGUCGUAAUAUUUUAUCGAUGUAAUUCGUAAAUAAUAUGUUAUCUCUACUUCCUGCGAUAUAUAUCUUAUAUACGAUAUUUAUAUUUUAAGAAAAAAAAAUAAUGAAAACAAUGAAUGUAA